AUGGAGAAGAAGAAGUUAUGGACGGAGAAGAUGUUAAGGAAGGAGAAGAAACUAAGGAAGGAGAAGAAGUUUGGGAUGGAGAAGAAGUUUGGGAUGGAGGAGAAGAAUCGAAGUAUGGAGAAGAAAUUAAGGAAGAAGAAGUUUAGGAAGGAGAAGAAGUUAAGGAAGAAGAAGUUUUGGAUGGAGAAGAAGUUAUGGAUAAAGAAGAAAGAGGAUGGAGAAGAAGUUAGGGAAGGAGAAAAGGUUAAGAAUGAAGAACAAGUUAGGGAAGGAGAAGAAGUUAAGGAUGGAGAAAUAGUUUGGGAUGGGGAAGAAGUGAAGGAAGGAGAAGAGGUUAAGGAAGAAGAAGAAGAAGAAGUUUUGGAUGGAGAAGAAGUUAAGGGUAAAGAAGAAAGUAUGGAUGGGGAAGAAGUUUGGGAUGGAGAAGAAGUUAAGGAGGGAGAAAUGAUCAUGGAUGGAGAAGAAGUUAAGGAAGGAGAAGAAAUUAGGGAUGAUGAGGAAGAAAGUAAGGAUGGAGAAGAAGAAGUUAUGGACGGAGAAGAUGUUAAGGAAGGAGAAGAAACUAAGGAAGGAGAAGUUAGGUAUGGAGAAGAAGUUUGGGAUGGAGGAGAAGUUUGGAAUGGAGGAGAAGAAUCAAAGUAUGGAGAAGAAAUUAAGGAAGAAGUGAAAGUGAUGAAGAUAUUAUUGAAUUACGUUGGCAAAGAUCUUGUUGAUUUGAUGAAGUCAAGAAUGAAGUCAAAGGAAACUUUGUGGCAGUCAAAGGUCACUUGGAUAAAAGAGUAG